AUGGGAAUUUGUAAGUCAUAAUUGAAAUAAAAACCAAUAUAUUGCGAAGAAAACACAUUAGGUGGAUCAAAUGGUAUAGUUUCUAUUCAUAUUAAUAGUUCCUGCAAUAGCUACAAGUAGAAAUUCAAUGUGUAAAAUUGUAAUAGGUAGGACCUAAUCUGUACAUAAUAACCUUAAUCUAGAGAUCAAAAAGGAUAAAAACUUAUAUGGACUUAAUUCUCCAACAGUUUCCAAAACACCAUAAAUCAUACCAAAAAUUAAAUAACAUAUUUUUGAUUUACAAACUGGGUUUUUUAAGAAAUAUUCUUCUUUAAAAGAAAGAUGUACAAUAUUUAUUUAAUAAUAGAAUCUGAAUAAGUUUUAAUAUGUCAAAAUAACAUUACUGGAUAAUUAGUUAGAGUAACACUUUUAGAAAUAGAUGAUAUCUAUGAUUGUAACUUUUUUUAAAAACUCAAAUAAUACAAUUAAGUAUUGUUUUAAUAAUAUAAUAGAAAUGCUAAAAUAUUUGUUAAAUUAUAGAAUCGUAUAAAGAAAAGAAUUUAAUUUAUUUGGUUUAAGAAUAUUGUAAAGGAGGUUCUCUCUCUAAUCUAAUAAGAAAAAAACCCUUAGAUUAUAAAUAAGCAACUCUCAUAAUAUAGCAAAUAAUUAUUGCUAUAAAUUUCAUUCAUAAUUAAAAUUUAUCUCAUUGUCAUCUCACAUUAGACUCUUUUUCAAUUUCAGAUCCAAAAAAUCUAUUAGUCAAAUUGUCUGAUAUUAAUCCCAUUUUUUAAUCAAAUUAUCUUAAUAAUAUUGAAAAUUAACAUCAUAAAGAUUAAAUUUUGAAAUAUUAAUCACCAGAAAAUUAACAGAAUAGUAUUAGUGAUGUUUGGUCUAUUGGCAUGAUCUUUUAUUAAUUAAUAACAGGACAUCUUAUAGAAAUAGAUAAAAAACCAAAUGGAACUAUCUUUAUCAAUUUAGAUUCAAUCAUUUCAGAAGAUAUAGAAAAGGAAACUAAAACAAUUAUUCUAAAGAUGUUAGAUAUUAAUCCUUAAACUAGAAUUACAUUAUAAUAAAUAUAAUAGCAAUAUUUUUUAACUUAAUCAGUCAAUUCAAGUUCUCUUUAAUAAUGCAUUGAAAAUUUAGCUAAUGUUAAAUAAAUGUCAUAUUUCUAAAGUAUAAUUCUCUAUUAUAUGAUGGUUUUAUUCCAUACAGAAGAAGUAUAAAUCUUGACUUAAUUAUUUGAUGAAGCAGAUAAAGAUGCAGAUAAUCUAUUGAAUAGAAUAGAAUUAACUAAUCUAUAUAAAAUUAUUAUACCCGAAGAUUAAGAUUUUAUCAAUACAUAAAUAGAUAGAAUUUUCCUAUAUAUGGAUGCUGAUUAAAGUGGUUAAAUUUCAUUAAAUGAAUUUAUAACCGCUGCAGCCAACAAAAAAGAUCUUCUAAAUGAUGAUUAUCUUGAAAGUUGCUUUAAAUAAUUACAAAAUUAAAAAGGAGGCAUCAGUGCAAAAAGUCUUAAAAGAAAAUUAGAAAUUGAUGAAUUCCUUGUAAAUUAGGAAAUCAAAUAACUUACUUAUGAUUAUGUAAUAAAUUAUUAAACAAUUAGAUUUAUUAUCCAUAAUUUAAAGAGAUCAUGCAAGCCCUUUUUUGA